GAGUCCGUGUAGAGGUGAGCCGACCAUGGGCGGUCUUCAAUUCGACACUUUCGAUGAGUUUUUACAAAAGGAGUGUUAUAAAUAGAGCCUUCAGGUCUCUUGUUUGAUAUCCCAUUCCAAGAGUGAUCAGGAUACUCAAGAAGAUAUACUAUCAAAGCUGGCUAGUAGCUCCAAUGGCUUCGAACAAACUUGUGACCUUAAUCGCCGCUGUUCUGAUUCUUCUCCCUGCGAUAGCCAUGGCGAAAGAUAUCGUCGUCGGAGACGAUAGCGGGUGGAAGCUGAAUUUCGAUUACCAAGUUUGGGCCAAGGACAAAGUAUUUCAAGUUGGUGAUACACUAGUGUUCAAGUACAAACCUCCUACUCACAAUGUGUACAAGGUGGACGGAGCUGGGUUCAAGGAUUGCACUAAACCGGCAGCAAACGAAGCAUUGACUAGUGGAAAUGACAAAGUAGAACUGAAAACCGCCGGAAAGAAAUGGUACAUUUGCGGCGUUUCCGAUCACUGUGAUCAGGGGAUGAAGCUUACCCUUAACGUUACGGAGAAGUCUUCUGCGGCUCGUGGGAUCAUCUUCCCCCGAAGCCAAGUCUUCGGGGUCGCCAUCUUUGCCAUCGUAGCAAUUGUGAUGUGAUCCACUCGUCCACCAAAUUCGAUUCAGCGUGUAUGAUUUCUUGAUUUUAGUCCAAAAAAUAAGGAGUUAUGAGUAAGGGCGAAUUCAAAUUUUGCCUACUUGUAAGAGAUGUGUAUUUCCGAAUUCAUUUUAGUAGUUCAAAUUAAAAAUACGCUAUUGUUACAA